CACAGCAGCUACGCCGGGGCAUGGGCAGGGUUGCCAGCACUUGAGCGUAAUUCCGUGUGGGAGGAGGAUGGGUGGGUUUGAGUGUAUCUAGUCUCUUCUCCACACACGCUCCGCCGUGCGCGCAGAGUGAAGACAGAGCGCAGAGAGCCGUCCACCCCUCCAUGUGAUGUGCAACCGGUCGCUUCAAUAUCCGUGAAGUGGCUGCCUCACCCGGUUGGACCGGAGGCCGUCGGGUCUCCGAUCUGGUCUCUGGAGUCACCGGAGACUCGACGCGCUCCGUCGGCGCCAGGCUGUGCGCGUCUCGGAUCAGACCCGAGUCCUCCCGCGAUCAGGCGAUGGAGAUGAUGGGGGGAGACGUUAUGGACAAGCUGGAGGACAUGUCAUCGGUGUACGACUUCGACCCGAUCACCGGCAACAUCCCGGCCACCAAAGUAGAGAUCACCGUCUCGUGCAGAAAUCUGCUGGAUAAAGACACGUUCUCCAAGUCAGAUCCAUUGUGCGUGCUUUAUACGCAAGGUGUCGAGACGAAGCAGUGGAGAGAGUUCGGCAGGACAGAGGUGAUCGACAACACCCUGAACCCUGACUUUGUCAGAAAAUACAUCUUGGACUACUUUUUUGAGGAGAAGCAGAACCUGCGCUUCGACUUGUAUGACGUUGACUCCAAAAGCCCCGAUCUGUCCAAACAUCCUGCAGAACUCCACGACUUUUUGGGCCAGGCGUUCUGCACUCUCGGAGAGAUAGUGGGAUCGCCCGCCAGUCGACUGGAGAAAUCACUCGGAGGGAUCCCAGGGAAGAAAUGUGGCACAAUCAUCCUGUCUGCAGAGGAGCUGAGCAACUGUCGAGACAGCGCCACCAUGCAGUUCUGCGCCAACAAGCUGGACAAGAAGGACUUCUUCGGCAAGUCGGACCCGUUCAUGGUCUUCUACAGAAGCAACGAGGACGGGACGUUCACUAUCUGUCAUAAAACAGAGGUGGUGAAGAACACAUUAAAUCCUGUGUGGCAGCCGUUCACCAUCCCAGUGAGAGCCCUCUGCAACGGAGACUACGACAGGACGAUCAAGGUGGAGGUGUACGACUGGGACAGAGACGGCAGCCACGACUUCAUUGGGGAUUUCACGACCAGCUACCGAGAGCUAGCUCGAGGGCAGAGCCAGUUCAACGUGUACGAGGUGAUUAACACUAAGAAGAAAAUGAAGAAAAAGAAAUAUGUCAACUCAGGAACGGUGACCCUGCUCUCGUUCUCCGUGGAGUCAGAGUUCACAUUCCUAGAUUACAUCAAAGGAGGGACGCAGAUCAAUUUCACCGUGGCCAUCGAUUUCACGGCUUCUAACGGAAACCCCUCUCAGUCCACCUCGCUGCACUACAUGAACCCGUACCAGCUCAACGCCUACGCCAUGGCCCUGAAGGCUGUGGGGGAGAUCAUUCAGGACUACGACAGUGACAAGAUGUUCCCGGCGCUGGGCUUCGGAGCCAAACUUCCGCCUGAUGGACGCGUGUCGCACGAGUUUCCACUGAACGGGAACAUGGAGAAUCCGUACUGCAACGGCAUCGAGGGCAUCCUGGAGGCGUACCACCAGAGCCUGAAGACGGUGCAGCUUUACGGGCCAACCAACUUCGCUCCGGUGGUGAACCACGUUGCCAGAUACGCAGCGACAGUGCAGGACGGUUCCCAGUACUUCGUGCUGCUCAUCAUCACAGACGGCGUCAUCUCCGACAUGGCGCAGACAAAAGAAGCCAUCGUCAACAGCGCCAAGCUUCCAAUGUCCAUCAUCAUAGUCGGGGUGGGUCAGGCCGAGUUCGACGCGAUGGUGGAGCUCGACGGCGACGACAUCAGAAUCUCAUCCCGUGGGAAACUGGCGGAGAGGGACAUCGUUCAGUUCGUUCCGUUCAGGGACUACAUGGACCGGACGGGCAACCACGUGCUGAGCAUGGCGCGGCUCGCCAAGGACGUGCUGGCGGAGAUCCCCGACCAGUUCAUCUCGUACAUGAAGAGCCGAGGGAUCAAGCCGAACCCGGCGCCGCCGCCCUACACGCCGCCGGGACACACGCACCACCACACGCAGAUCUGAGGAGCCCUCCGCCUCCGCCGCGUCAACUAGGACCGAAGGCGGCCAUCCGAGAGGGGGGCGGGGCGGGGCGGGCUCUCGCGAGCUCCUGUUUUAAUGGCGGGAACUGGACACGUCGCCCCGCGAGAGAGGAGUUCAGACGGUCCUGGAACCUCCCAGUGACUGAUGGAGCAGCGUCUGUUUUACGUUGGUUUUCUUUUUUUUUACUGUUCGCGCUGCUGCAGACUUUCCAGGGCGCGUCGGUGGAACGCGUGCCACGGCCGUGACUGUUUCACGCCUCAUUCGCAGCGGUCGUGUUGUGGUUAAAACUCGUGCCUGUCUGUGAUUGUUUACUCUCCGUGUAUCAGGACACGUGAACUUUGACCCCAGCCUUGCUCGUCCGUCGUCGGUGUGGCCUGACCUGGUGAUAUUUUCUAGGCACCCUUUCCCUCCUGGAAUGAGUUUUUUUAUAUAUAUUCGGGGAUUAUCUCCAUAUCUGCUGAUGCAUCGGUUAUGAUGUGGAAAAAGCUGCAGGUGUGUGGUUUACAAUUGAAUGCAUUCAACACGAAUCGGUUCUCUUCAUGACAUCAAUGAUCUCCUCCUCUCUUAUUAAGUAGAUAUUUAAACAGCAUGUUGUAUGAAGAUUUACUGCCCCAUAUCCUCUAUAUUUAUUCUCCAGCCUCAUGGGCACUCGAUCGAUCAUAUCAUAAACUGUAUCCAUUUUGAAGUGCUCACCAGUUAUUGGAUGUUAUUGCAUAUGAAGCACAGUCUGCAUCAGGUUAAUUGUGUGUGUGUGAUUUUUUUUUAACUGCUGCUCUUUAUUGAAUUUGAACAGAGCAACUCCAGUGUCUAACGCUGCUGUAGGACAUACAGAAAAACGUGUGGGGGGUUAAUUCAGUACAAUCCCAUCAUGAACCACGUUGCACAAGCAAAACGUUAUUUAUUAAUCACACACCAUGUAGUGAAUGAACAUAUUUACAGGAGCGUAUGAAGCAGAAGGCAAUAUGUGAAAAGGAAGAGAGCCAAUGGAGCCCUGGACGUUAGGAUGCUGACGUUACUACUGAUGCUACCAGGCAUCACUAACUAAUAACCACUCAUUGGGACCAAUUCCUUCUCUCCCACUGGUCUUUGUUUGGUAACACAUCAUCUUCUAAACCCAGAGAUUCAUUAGAAAUGUGUACACAAAACAUGCUUUUUCAUUUAAUGCGGUGCAUUCGAGGUCUCUGGAGGACGUCUGUUCACUGGUGUUCUCCAGAGGUUCAGGAUUCAUGUUCAUUACAUUCAGGCCAUAAGUAAAGCCUUCACGUGUGAAUACAGACACCGGGCGAGGACGGCGCCUCUUUGUGCACGUCUUAUUUGGCUUUCCUCCCGCCGCCUGUGUCGUCGCCCGGGCGCGAAGGGAAUAAAAGCAAACCGGCGUCCACGCAUCGAAUCCAAUUUCAGCGCAUCGGUAACGACGCUCAGGACUCCGGCAAAUGCCACGAGGUGCGCGAAUGCAGAAAGCAUUAACAUGGAGAAUUCAAAGCAAAUGCAUCUCCUCCUUGUGAUCACGAGCCCCUGGGGUGAAUACAAUACACUAAGUAGGAUUAUUACCCCCUGAAGGCAGAGAGGAAGCACUGUGUAAAUCAAACGCAGCAAAAAAAUGCAGCAUCCGCAUGCGGGAACGUUACCGUCCACCUUAAACUGACCCAACUCCAGAUUCACAGCACAUGUAUUUGUUCUUUACACAUGUGCUGAUUGUUUCGUCGAGCCAUUUAUAGUUUGAGUGAAUGCUAACGCUACAGUAGACCGUAAGAGGUGUCCUUUUGAUUUUAGUUCACAGCAGGGGAUGGAAGCGGCGUUAAUCUGUGCUGAGGAGGUUCUGUACAAAUGUCUAAUGUAGCAAACUAAAGGCCUUAACCCUGUCGAAGGCAGAGGCUGCGUCUCGUAGAGAGCCCUUCGGGUGAGGCUUCGACGGGCGGCGAACGUGGAGAUGCAGGAGUGGACCUAACAGGAAGUGAAGCUGGUUCGCAUAUGAACUCCAACAGAGACGUGCGCCAUGUUUUUUGGGACUAUUACUGUAUUGAAGCAAUGUAUUUAUUUGUUUUCAGCGUGCACGAACAAGCCAUUGCUCCCUCUGCCCUUUGCCCCGAUCGCCCCCCCUCAUCUCUGAGAAGCCCUGAUUUUCUAAUAAUGUGACGAUCAAUUGCAUGUUUUCUGGGGCUGCAGUGAGAGAUUUACACACGUGCUGCCGUCUGUAACAUAGGAACCAAUGGAAGCAGAUUACAUGCAUGUCAGUGCCAAACACGGCAGUUAGCUCUGUGGACUGUUUGCUAGUUCUUCUCUCUCGUGCCUGGUUUUCAAAACAUUUUUUUUAAAUCUUACUAGUGGUUACAAACUGUAGCUAAUUAGCAUGUUACAGUUGAGAGUUUUUCAAAAUUUAUUUUUGUCUAAUCCCAUAAUUUAACUUGGAGUUUUUUUCUGAUUUGCAUGAUCCCCUGCGUUUCUUUUAACAGAUUUUUAUUGUACAUGAUUAUUGUCAUAUGGUGGGUUGUGAAAUGCUUUGUAUUGGAUUGCCUUAAACAUUAAUUAAAAAAUGACUACUUUUAUAAACGCUCAA